AUGAGAGCUACCGUUUCACUAUGGUUCCUGGUGUUCACCGGGUUCGCGUGCAACUACAUGAUACGUAUCAAUCUCAACAUCGCCAUAGUGGACAUGACCACGGCGAAGAGCGGAGGUCGAAGUAUACUGAUGUGUAACAAUUCGAAGGCCGAUUUAAAUUUGACCGUUGGAAAAGAUGUCGUCGUCAAAAAAACAGAUUUCGAGUGGAAAGACAGCGAACGGGCCAGCGUACUUGGAUCGUUUUAUUGGUUGCACUGGGCGUUACAGUUACCGGGAGGGUUGCUCGCUAGACAAUUCGGUGCCAAGUGCAUAUUUGGCCUCAGCAAUUUGUUCAUGUUCGCCAUGUCCCUGUUAAUGCCGGUCCUCGCCCGGUGGGACAUAAAAGGACUCAUCGUCGCCCGAGUGUUACAAGGGUUCGUCGGGGGUAUGGCGUGGCCGUCGGUACAUCAUCUAACCGCACAUUGGGUACCACCGAAUAAGAGAAGCAAAUUCAUUACCGCAUAUUUAGGCAGUUCGAUCGGCGUGGCUAUUACGUUCCCGUUCUGCGGAUUCAUACUUGAGAUGUGGGGCUGGCCGUACGUGUUCUACGUCACAGGGGCUAUCGGAAUGGUGUGGUUUUUGGCAUGGUGGUUGCUCGUGUACGAUACGCCCUCGCAACACCCUUACAUUUCCGAAGUUGAGCUUGUGCACAUCACUAGUAGCCUCACCGAUGUGGUGUCCUCUACAAAGUUGCCAAUACCUUGGAGAGCCGUGUUGACGUGCUUACCGUUUUGGAUAGCACUGUCCAUCCAAUGGAGUACAGGGUGGGCUCUGCACACGCUCAUGACGCAGACUCCUACCUAUCUGGUACUGAUGUUCGGGUGGAGUCCGGAAAAGAUCGGCCUCUGGUCCGGAAUACCACAUUUCACCCGUUUCUUAUUCUCGCUGGUCCUGUCGUUCGCCAUCGACUCGCUCAUGGCCACCGGCAAGUACAGCCGAACUUGCGUGCGUAAGAUAUCCACCACCAUUUGUACGGUGGUGCAAGCCCUUCUCAUCGUGGCCCUAGUGUAUUCGGGUUGCGACCCGUUUUUGGUCAACGGAUUCCUACUGCUGGCCAUGACGGUUAGUGGUGCUUCCACGUCCGGACCGCUGUCCAUAAUGGUUGAUUUGUCGCCGAAUUUCGCCAGCGUACUCCAAGGAUUCAGCGGCAUUACCGGAGUCAUCCCGGGAAUGAUUUCGCCGUUCGUGCUGUCUUAUUUCACGAACGACAACAACACGCUCGAAUCGUGGCAACACUUUUUCGCCUUGAGCGGCGUGAUAAUUGCCAUUCCGGGACUGCUGUACAAUUUCUUCGGCUCCAGCGAACUCCAGCCGUGGAAUAAUCCUAUUCCGGCAUCUGAUCCGGAAACGACUGCCACCAACGGCAACUCUACUGCCAAAAAAUGA